GCAGUUUGUCUUUGUGCCUUCAUAAUGAAAGACAUUGAUCUAGGAAAUUGACUGUCAUUACAGUCUUAAAUAUUAAUUAACAGAGGCAAAGUAUUUAUAACAUCUAUCUUUCGUGUUUUGCGCCUCUGGAAGGCUCUUUAAUACAAAUACUUUAAGUCUGUAAGUCUAUUAACCGACUCGAUGCUAAUCAGUAAAUGUCUGCUAAUUACCGUAGGAUAAAUCAAUUAAGAGAACUGGGUUGAAAAAAUAGCAAACUGCUGAAAACCGAUAAUGCGUUUUCAAAUAACGAAAUAUUUAUAAUAUUUGUUUGUCGAACCCUCUAGUUAGUGUUCCUGUCAAUAUUAAUUAACGUAGAUAGAUAUAAAGAGCUCGCAAAUGCUUCCUUCCUUCAAAGCUUCAAAAUUUCGAAUUGCAUAUUCUUCUAACGAAAAUAAAAUGAAUAUUGAUGAUUAUGUAUUUAUCAAUAAAAGAGUUUUAAAGUUCGUCGGUUUGUAUCCGACGAAUAUUGCGAGAUACAUCGUGUGUUGCGUGUGUAUGUUCACGAUCGUUAUACCACAGGCAGUGCAAAUUUAUCAGAAUUGGCGAGAUUUGGCUGUUGUGCUGGAGACAAGUUCAGUACUGCUCACUAUCUUGCUUGCCAUUUUAAAAUCGCUAGUUUGGAUAAGCAAUAGAAGGAAGAUGGAUUCUUUUAUAGAUUACAUGUUUACAGAUUAUUGGGACGUUAUGACGGCACACAUCUCAAAACAUGAGAAUGUAUAUGCUAUAUACGUGAGAAAAGGACACUUAUUUACUAAAGGAUAUUUAUUUUUAAUAUGCAACUCUUUACUGUUUUUCUUUAGUCUACCCAUUUUUGAAAGCGUUGUCACUACAAUCAAAGGUACUAGCGAUAAUAGUACAAACAAUUUUCCAUUUGUAGCCUUGUAUCCUGAAUCCUAUUACAAUUUUCCAAUGUAUGAGAUUGUCUAUUUCUCGCAAAUGCUAGCAACGAGCUUGUGUGGCCUUAUUAUAUUGGGGACUGAUACUUUAAUAGCAACAGCACUGUUUCACACAUGUGGUCAUUUUAGAGUUCUUCAAGGAAAAAUAGAGCAUAUUAACGGUGAAAUUGGCCACAUGCUACAAGCACACAACGAAUUAAACAUUGUGCGGAAAAUUAAAUUGCAAAUAAUAAGUACCAUUAAACAUCAUUAUACAAUUCUUUGGUUUUGCGAUUACAUGGAGACUAUUUUCAGUCCAAUGCUGUUUCUGCAAACACUAGCUAGCAGUCUUAUAAUCUGCUUAGUAGGCUUUCAAAUUACAGAUGCACAUAUAACUGCAAAUGCAAUCUCCAAAUUGAUUAAAUACUUUUCAUAUUUAUUAAUGGCACUUUUUCAAUUGCUGCUCUUUUGUAUUCCUGGUGAUGCCCUAAUAGACGAGGUAUGUGACAGUAGUAAAGCCAAAAAAUUAAUGAAUAAGAGAGGAAAAGUAUAUAAAAAUCGAUAUAUUAUGUAUCGACUUUUCACAUCGCAGAGUUCCACAAUCAGUCGAACUUUAUAUACAAUUGAUUGGUACGAGCUACCGGUUUUAUUUAAAAUCGAAGUAUGUUUGCUCAUGUUACGCAGUCAGAAGUCCAGUAAAAUCACCGCAGGAAAGUUUUACGUGAUGCAUUUGGAAAAUUUCAACGCAGUAUUGAGUACCGCGGUCUCUUACUUCAUGUUACUACGAAGUUUCAAUUCAGAUUAAAAAAAAAAAAA